ACGCCUUUAAGCAUUAGCGGUGCUAUCAAUACAUAAUCCAUACUAAGUUGCAAUCAAUCAAUUUAAUGUUUGCUGGCUGGUUGCUUAGUCGGGGAGUGAUGACAGAUCUGUGGAUCCUCCUGCUAUGCAUGGGAUUUCUUUGGUACAAGUACUCAGUUUCUAUUAUUGUUCAUUGGCUAACUGGAAAGGAUCUUCCUUCAGUAACUUCAGAACUGGAGCUCUCACUUAUAGCAUAGCCACGGUUUAAAUGCAGUGGGUCAAAUCCUUAACUCCCAUCUCUGUUCCAGUUGCUGCAUUACCGAUGUUUGAUUAUUGGGUUGCUUGAGCAUUUCACUAAACUUGGUUCUGCUUCUACCAGUGUCUUUUAAUUUUCCAAUGGAAUUAGCUGAUCUUUGAUAGUGGUGAUCUUGUUAUCUAGAUAUGAGCUGACAUGUUAUAUUUGCUUUCAUUAGCCUACCCGAAGACGCAGGGGCAUGCCAUGGCAGCAUGAUUUGUUUGAAGAUAGUCUUAGAGCAGCUGGGAUAUCAGGAAUAGAAGUUGGCACAAAGUUGUAUGUUUCCAACUUGGACCAGGGAGUUUCAAAUGAAGAUAUAAGGGAACUCUUCUCUGAGAUUGGGGUGCUGAAAAGAUAUGCUGUGCAUUUUGAUAACAAUGGUCAUCCAAGUGGUUCUGCUGAAGUUGUAUAUCUCAGGAGGAGUGAUGCAUUUGCUGCACUUAAACGGUAUAACAACGUACUCUUGGAUGGAAAGCCUAUGAAGAUUGAAGUUGUUGGUGCAAAUGUUGAAGCUCCUAUUUCAGCUCGUGUCAAUGUUACUGGAGUAAAUGGAAGGAAGAAAAGGACAGUUGUUAUGAGACCCGGUCCUGAUCAGCCUAGAACAACCUCUGGAACUCAGCGUGGUCCUGUUCAAAAUCCCCGUGGAGGUGGUGGAAUGAGGAAUAACCGUGGGCGUGGGCGUGGUCGUGGUAGAGGGGGCCGUGGUGGUUACGGGAAGAAGAAACCCGUUGACAAGUCCGCUGAUGAUCUUGACAAGGAACUGGAGAACUAUCAUGCUGAAGCGAUGAAUGUUUCCUGAAAGUUAAAUACAUUUCUAGCCGGAGCAUAUUAGGUUCAAGUGUAAUGGUAGCUGUACAAAGGGUGGAAGCGGUGGUGCUAUUAGCUUCGUCAAUUUGUUACUUGCUUUGCUGCUUGAGUUGGUGUUUUUUUGCACUUGAUAGAUAGUUGUAUGCAAGUUUCAGUUUAAACGGAUCUGGUGGAUGUUUUUAGAACCUGGUAUAUUGUUACAUAUUCUACUUAUAUUAUCAGCAAGUUCUUCUAUUGAAAUGUUCUUGUUCCAUACUUUCCUAUAAAAAGUUCUCGUCUUU